AUGAUACCUAAGUUUGAAAUUAACGACUACGUCCGCAUUAGCAAAUAUAAAGGGGAAUUCGCCAAGGGAUAUACUCCGAAUUAUUCCACAGAAAUAUUUCGCAUCACGCAAGUAGUUCCGACAGAACCCGUCACUUACAAGUUGGUAGAUGCCGAGAACCAACCCAUUGCCGGAGGAUUCUAUCAAGAAGAGCUAACUAAGGUUAAACAUAAAGACGUUUACUUAGUCGAAAAGAUUCUCAAGAAGAAGGAUGAUAAAGUGUUUGUAAAAUGGCUUGGUUUUCCUUCGUCCAAAAACUCCUGGAUUCAAAAAGAUAAUAUUGUUUAA